CCACCAGGUCGAGGUCCGAUGAUAGACCUGAAGUCACGGGUUGCGUCCCUUUAAGAGAGCUCGGAGGUGUGGUUAGGAGGUCGCCUCCUAGGGACCGGGUCCCGAAGUGGCCGCUCCCAUAGCCUCAUUCAUUCAUCCGGUUGACAGUGCCACUACUGGCCGGAAGCAGUCCCGCGCUGCCUGACUCGCUCCAGCGGUCCGCCAAGUGCAGUGGACCCUGCCCUCUGCCCAGGGAGCGGCAGCAAAGGAAAGUGGCAGGGAAUAGGCGUGGUCCCCUGUAGGAGGGCCCUUUGUUCCCCAAGGCGUGUCAGCCUGAGGGCGAGGGCGGCUGCUGCGUCAAGUCUGGGCGACGAAGCUCGGCCUUGAACCUGCAGAUGUCAUGUUAUCCUUAGCGCCGUUGAAGGGAGCGACAUCCCUGGGGGCCCACGGGGCGUGGCAUCACAUGCAAAUCAUAUGGCGGAGGACAGACAGGCUCACUAGGGGCCCAGAGGGGGCUGGGCUUCACAUGCAAAUCAUUAGACGGGGGCGAGCCAGGCUCGCUUAAGGGUCCAGGGAGGGCGGUGCCGCACAGGUAAAUCACUAUGGUGGGGUGCGGAGCCAGGCUAGCUAAGGGCCCAGGGAGGGCGGUGCCGCAGGAGUAAAGCUUUUGGACUGGGGGCGGGGCACAAAUGUAAAUCGCUUGCCUGCGGAGGGGUUGGGGUCAGGCUUCCAGAGGACAGUGGAGAUCGGUCCACUUGGGCCAGAGUCGAGAGUCUCGCGGGCGUGCGAGUGGCCGAAGUGCCUGAGCGUGACAUCACAGUCAGGUAACCGCCCAGGUUGGGGGCAGGGCUGCUCACAGGGCGGGCCAGCCAGGGCAGGACCAGCUCGUCAGCUGUUCCCCGGUUCCCAUGGAGGCGGCUGGAGAGCCCGAGUCUUCCCUGGAGGCCCCCGCCGCGGAGCCCGCGCCGCCAGCGGCCUGCCGCUACUUCCUGGAAGGCCGCUGCCACUUCGGAGCCCGCUGCCGCCAGCCCCACCCCGGAGCCCCGGCGCCAGCGCGGCCUAGUGGCGGGGCCCAGGCCGAGGCCGAGGCCGGGACCAAGAAGUCCCCGCUGCGCACUGCCGCGGCCGUCAUCCAGCGCAUCCGCUGGGACCCGCUCCUGGACCCGGCCGACUUCUCGGUGGGCUAUGCCGACCGCUUCUUGGGCGUGCGUGAGGAGCCCUUCAGCGCCUUCUGCUGGGACGAGCCGCUGGCGGCGCUGGGGCCCGGCGUGCUGGCCGUGCCGCAGCACCGCGUGCGGUACUUCCGCUUCCGCGGCCGAGUCGUGUGGGACCGUGCUUCGCGCAUGGACCAAGUCUUCGGCUCGGGCUCGGCGGAGGGCCGCGGACCCACCAUCCUGGACGCGCUGGACGGCGGGAUCGCGAAUGUGUCCAGAGAUGUGCACGAUGAUGAGGACGCGCAUGGGACCGAGGACGCGCAUGGGACCGAAGAAGCACAGGACUGCAUAGCUGCGGCCCUCGGUGGCGCCAGAGAGCCGGCCUGGACAAGUUCUAAAGGCGGUCAGCUGACGCUGGAGUCUGCAUACGCCCAGGAGGUGGACGGGACCAGAAGCCAAAAUUCCCCGUGGAGAGAGCCCAAAAGGGUGCUGAAGACGGCUGCCGAAGCCAGGACUGAAGAGGUGCAGGCCAUGGCAGCCCCAGGUCAGCACCCGGGAGAAAGCUUCCUGGAGGCUAAAGUGUUGUGGGGGCCUGGGGCCUGGCCCGAAGGCGCAGCCCCUCGCCAGCCUCGCCCCACGCAUUUUGUAGCUAUCAUGGUGACAGAGCCCAGGCUGCAGGUAGGGGUGGCCAAGGCCCAGGAAGAGCUGGUCCGAGCCGCACCAUCGUGCGCUGCAUUUACAGUGCCCACUAAGGCUCUGCACCUAACACUGGCCCUACUGAGGCUGGCUGGACCUGGGGAGGCAGCAGCCGCUGUCGGAGCACUGAGACGCGUACUUUCAGCCCCUGGAAUAGACGCACCCGCGCAGCUGACGUUUAUGCGGCUGGUGCUCUGGGGCUCCCAAGUGCUCUAUGCCCCGCCUUCCCCCUCCCUGGAAGCCAUGGCCCAAGUGCUGAGCCAGAGGCUGGAGGCUGAGGGGCUCAGAGUGCUACAGCCCCCUGGGGGACUGCGCCCCCACCUCACGCUGGCCAAGGUGCCCCGGGGCUCCCAAGGCCACCUCCCGGCCACUGGGUUCAGCCCAGAGCAGGAGCUAGGGAGCCAGCCCCUGGGGCAACUCUGGCUGUGUAGCAUGGGGAGGGCAGGGGGCGCCUACCAGCCCCUGGCUGAGAUCCCCCUGGGGUAAGAGUCCCAGACCUCUGGGAGACACAACUAGGAUUUCAACCCCAAACCACAAGAGGAGAUCCAGUCCAGCAGCAGGGACAAAGUGUGCACGCUCUCUCUCUCACUCUUUAAUUUUGGUUUCUCUCAAGCUUCCAAACUGUGCUCAGUGCUCCAAGGAAAAGAAUGAAGGAAAGAAAGGGGAGGGGAGAGGAAAAGGGAGGGGAGGCAGAAGAGGAACAUCUGGAAAAAAAGCAGCCUGACAGUCCAGCUGUUUGCGAACUCAUUGCACAUCCUCCAGUUACAUGGCAGAAGAGGGAGGGAGGGCCGAAAAGAAAAGGGGAGGAAAAA